AUGGCCAAGGCCCACGAACACCUCAUUCAGUCCCUAUGCGACCUCGAAAUUCCAAAGACCAUCCGGCUUUCCCCGGACCGCUCAAGUGUCCUUUACUCAACUGAACUCACCUGGGGUCAUCGUAAAGGGAAACACGCCGUCUCCACCCUCUGGCUGGCCUCCACCGGCUGUGCAGACUCUUCGCUGCAGCUCACCCCGGGCCUCUUUCGCGACCACGUCCCCACAUGGAGCCCGGACGGAAAGGCGGUGGCGUUUGUGUCGGAUCGUGCUGAUGCCGGCGCCAAGUGGGCUAUAUAUCUCUUACCAUUGAAGCAGGGCGGGGAGGCGUACCCGAUAACGCCGGUGAAGAACGCAAGUCAAAUCGAAGCAUUCGCCUUCUCACCUGAUGGCACCCAUAUUGCGUUCCUCUCGGCCGACGAGGAGGUCCAAUCUGCCUCGGCAGAAGACGGCGCCUACAAGGUGCGAGCUUGGGGUGAGGAUUGGCGAUUUUCGCGUCUGAGGGUCGUCGAUUUGCGUACCAAGCAAGUCCGGUCUGCCAAGAUCGACAGGCACGUAAACAGCGUCUGUUGGAGCCCGGAUGGGACUCGCAUUGGUUUCUCAAGUUGCCUAUCGCCCGACACCGAAGAGUGUCACCUCACCGGGACGACCAUCUCAGCUAUUGACCUCGAUCUUAGCUCCGUGGAAGAGCUGUGCCACUUUCCUGGAAUGGUCGUUGACCUGACAUGGGCCGCAGACGGGAAUCUAUACUUUUGCGCAGGUGUUCCCGCCGGCAAAAUGUUCGCUGGCUUCGGCGUUUAUCGUAUUGACCCUACCACUGAAGUUCAGCAGGAUAAGUGGGUGGGUUUUGGGGUAGAAGAUGACUCCAUCGGCCUCAUCAAGGGCGGAAGUGGCGCAAUUUUCGUCAAUGUGCAACACCGGCUAGAGUCUCGCGUGUGCCUGCUCGACGGCACGGUGCUAUACAGUAGGAAGGAGGAGCUCGAGGCAUUCGACGCUGCAAUAGAUACUGACGGCAAGUAUGUUCUUGCCGUCGCAACUUCGGACGUCAACCAUCCCGCCGAGGUCUUCACUACAUUCUCGUCCGAUGGCGCGAUGACGCGAAUGUCGAAUCACGGACAAGAGUUCGCAGGCCGUCGUUUCGGGACGUGCAACUUUUUGACGUGCACGUCAACAGACGGCGAGGUUGAGCUGGAUGCCCUCUAUUUGACCCCGGACGCUUCCUCAGUCGGCGACCACCGUCGCCCGGUGGCAACCGCAGUACUCAUCCACGGCGGGCCCAACACUCGCCUCACCAACGCCUUCGACGCCUACUACUACAUGCUUGCCCCGUAUUUGCUGUCGCUCGGCUUCGGAAUUUUGCUGCCGAACUAUCGUGGAAGUAGCGGACGUGGGCAGACUUUCGCGUCCUACUCCAUCGGUGGGCUUGGCGUGUAUGACUAUUCUGAUGUGAUAGCGCUCACGCAGUGCGCGAUAGACCAGGGUUAUGCGGACAAAGAAAGACUCCUAGUGGGUGGUUAUAGCCAAGGCGGGUUUUUGACAAACCUUUGCAGUGUGCGUAAUGGCUUGCACGACGGUGAUUGGCGAUUCCGAGCCGCCGUGUCUGGCUCCAGCAUCUGCGACAUCGAUGCCAUGGCCUUGACCUCUGACCUCGGUUCCUCUUUCGAGCCUCAACUUUCGCGCGACGGUGUAGCCUGGAAUAUGGACUGCGACGAUACACGCAAUCGUGCUGCGAGCGCCUUGUGGGGAUUCAAAGACGCUGCACGGCGAGCCCGUCUUGAGAACGCUACUGUUGUGCCACCAAUGCUGAUUUUACACGGCGAGGCGGACGCUCGGUGCCACGUGUCGCAGGCAUGGGGCUUGCGUCGCGCGCUACGUAGCUACGGCUUGCCCUUCGAACUAGUCAUUUACCCCUCCCAGGGACAUAUGUUUGAGGAGCAGAAGUGUGUGGUAGAUAUGGCGCUCAGGAUUAGCCGGUGGUGCCAGAAAUACAUCGGUGGUGCAUAA